AUGGAUCAAGGCCAGCAAGGAGAUCUGAACUGGCGCCUGAGUGCCCAUCCCAUCACCCUACUUGUCUUCUUGACCAUUCGUAUCGGUGCCUUGUUGAUGUACCUCUUUGGUCUCCUCUUUAUCAAAGAUUUCAUCCUCGUCUUUAUCCUGACCCUUCUCCUUCUGUCUGCCGACUUUUAUUACCUCAAGAAUAUUGCUGGGCGCCGCCUGGUCGGCCUGCGGUGGUGGAACGAAGUCAACACAACCUCCGGCGAUUCACACUGGGUGUUCGAGUCCUCUGAUCCCAAUGUUCGCACGGUCGCCGCCACAGACAAGCGCUUCUUCUGGUUGAGUCUCUAUGUUACCCCGGCGUUGUGGGUUGGACUGGCCAUCCUGGCCAUUGUGAGAUUGGUUGGCGUGAUUUGGCUCAGUUUGAUUGUUAUUGCCCUGAUCUUGACAAUCACCAACACUGUGGCAUUCUCCCGGUGCGACAAAUUCAGCCAAGCAUCGACUUUUGCGAACCGUGCCCUGGGUGGGGGUAUUGUGAACAAUCUUGCGGGUGGCCUGCUGGGCAGGUUCUUCCGGUGA